GCUUAAAAUAUAACCAGAAUGAAGGUAUUUUACAAAUCUUCAAUAUUUGUCCUUCGUGUAUUGAAAUGUAAUUAAAAACAUAAUAUAAUUCAUGAAAUAGAAUUAGGACAUUUCUGUCCUUUCAAGAAGGAAGUGAAAUUCAAUGAUCAAGACACAGAAGUCAAUACGAGAAAAGUUAAUACGUGUCAGUCUUUAAUAAAAAUGGUAUUGAGCCGGUGACCAUGGGACUAUUUCUGCUGCUAGUUUCUGUUGUUUAUUGCAUGGUUGGAUUGUCGUUGUCUCAAGUUGAUCCAUGCAUCACAAACCUUGGUUUGAUACCAAAUCUUGAGAGGAGAGUGAGUGGUUACACACUGGCUGAAGAUGAAAUCGAAUUGUGCGACCAGUAUCUGGUCGCCGGGUGGUAUUUGUUGGGAAAUUAUACACUUUCAUCACAAGCAAUUCCAUGUGGAACUGUGUUUUCUUGGUAUAGAACAGGCCAACUCCCGCAAACCGUCGAAGAAGGCGCAAUAGAUGUUGAUCUUUGCAUGGCGCAUGGACAAGAGCUAUGCAUUGAGACCAUGACAGUUGAACUACAGCUGUGUCCACAAAAUGUAUACGCCUUCCUGGCCACGGAUCUUUGGGACUGUCCGUCCGCCUACUGUGUCGAGGAAAGGAGUGACACACUCUCAACUGGAAUCGGAUCCCCGUGCAGCACUGACACCGACUGUGCCCAGAUCCAGGGCUCUCAAUGUGUGAACAACACCUGUAUGUGUAACAACACCGGGGUAUAUGAUAAUAAAACAAGGACUUGCAAUGUCACAACCGAAAUCGAAUCCUCAUGCAGCACUGACACCGACUGUGCACAGAUUCAGGGCUCUCACUGUGUGAACAACAUCUGUAUGUGUAACAACACCGGGGUAUAUGAUAAUCGCACAAGGUCUUGCAAUGUCACAACUGGAAUCGGAUCUCCAUGCAGCACUGACACCGACUGUGCCCAGACCCAGGGCUCUCACUGUGUGAACAACACCUGUAUGUGCAACAACACCGGGGUAUAUGAUACUCACACAAGGACUUGCGAUGUCAUGCCCCUCUUUUCGUACGGAAAUUCAGCCGGUGACGUCACGUUGAACACAGAAGAUGGCUGCAGCGAAGCGUUAGUUUUUCCACCCGGAAUUCCAGUGGAUGGGUCGAAGUACACCAACCUUUAUGUCUGCAAAAAUGGAUUCAUAACUCUCGGAAGCCCUUAUAACAACCCAAAUCCCCCACGAGGUUCCUUUGGUAGUGGCCGCGCAGUCAUUGCGCCAUUUUACACAAGCAUGCGGGAUGGCAACGUAUUUUAUCGACAUAUUGACGGAACCGCUAAUCCCAGCCUCAUAUUCGUUAAUGACGUCCUAUUUGCGGAAACACUGCUUUCAAGAUUUCGAGGAACAAAAGAAUUUACAACAAAGUUUGCUUUGUUUGUUACAUGGAAAAAUAUGCAUCCGAUUCAGAGUAUUUUCAUCAUGGACAAGACAUCAACCUUUCAACUUGUGCUGUUAUCAGAUGGUGUUGACACGUUUACCUUUUUUGUAUAUGGACAUGGGAUGAUGACAUGGGAGGCUUAUAAAAGCAUUGAUGUCGAUAUUUGGGUGGGAAUUUCGAACACAGGAAAUGUUGUAUUUCAACAUCCUUAUUCAUAUACGACGUCUUUGUUACGCCUUGAUCAGACGACCCUCUUUAAAGGUUUAAAUGGGCUUAUUGUCAAUUGGCUGACAAGGAACAAGGUGACCCCACACAACUAUGCUGUUGAAUGUUUUGACUGGUACAACAAAAAUGUUGAAAACAAGACGCACUUUGAAAGUAUGACAAACUACCUUCCUGGCUGUCCAUGUAGCAUUGAUGUAUUGAAGAAUGAUCCACACUUUAGCCAUAUUAUCAAAACUGUUGGUAAUGUUAGUUGCGUGGACAUCUUACCAGACAUUUCAAAAGGAGUUGGAGGCAAGAGUUGCUGUUAUGACUCGAAAUCGCAACAGUGGACCAAUGAAAUUGGACGAGCGGGGGGAUAUUACACGUAUCACCCUAAAACCCACCCGAAAGAACAUACCUUGAAUGACCAGAUACCAAAGGACAUUUGUUGCAUCAAGUCCAAUCUUUGUAAUCUCUACUAUGAGCUGCGUCCACCUGGAGAAUGUUACAAGAAGGUCCCAUUCGAUAUUGCCGCUUCUUGGGGUGAUCCGCAUUUCCUCACCUUAGAUGGAAAGCAGUUCAUUUUCAACGGGCUUGGGGAAUAUAUAUUGUUGGACAUGAAGAAUGGAGACGUUGCAGUAACAUUGCAGGCGCGGACAGAGCGAGCCGUUCGGAAGAAUGGAGAACUGUCAGAGGCUACUGUAUUUGUGGCAUUUGCUGCUUUUGACAGUUUCAACGCUUCAUUCCAUGUGGAAGUGAACAAUGAUAAAGAUGGAAUAAUUAUUUAUGGAAAUGGAAUUGAUCUGACCAACUUGUACAAGAGAAGUGAUUCAUCAAACAAUGCCUUUGAAUAUGAUGGCAAGAACGAAGGGCUAUCAAUACUUAAACUCAGAAAAUCUAAGGAGCGUAAACAAAACGAAAAUAAAACUGAUGUGGAAGAAACAGUAGAAUUGAGUUUCCAUCGCAGCAAUGUUACCUUUCAAAUAACUCCAACGAAUGGUUUGCUUGCCUUAAGAACGAUGGUCAGUAAUCAAUACAGAAACAAGACGAGAGGACUGCUUGGCAAUUUCGAUGAAAUUUCGGAAAAUGAUUUCAUUACGCCGAACGACGAGAUUUUAUCGCCAAAUAUGACCGAAAGAGACAUCUUUUAUUAUGGUCAAUUAUGGGAGAUACACGAAAACAACUCUGCGUUUUUCUAUCAAGACCAAACAUCACACAACGAUUUUCAAAACGCUUCAUUCGUACCACGUUUUUUGGACGAGGCUGAUCCUAAAUUAGUGCAUAACGCCUCCAUAUUCUGUCAAGGAAUGGAUGAUAUAGCAUGUUUAUUUGAUUAUGUUUUCACGGAAAAUGCAGACAUUGCAGAAGCAACAAGACAAACUGCAAUAGAAACAGAGGUUACAAUGACUGAAAUAAGCAGAACCAUUCCCAAGGUUCGAGGUUGUGGGGUUUUAAGAAUUGACGCUGGCCUAGAGGCAGAAUGCACCCUGAGUUUUGACGAAAACAUUGUCCAGUUUGAGUUCAUUGAUAAUAUAUAUUCAAAUGCAACAUACGACCAAACUUCCACGACUUUAAGAUACAUUUACUUUCCUGGAAACCCCGAAGAUAAUUUAAGAUUUAUUGUAACCACUGCUGACGGCGGUAAGUCUCAGGUAAUCUCUGUACCGAUCGUGCUGUGUUCCGGUUGCAGUGGUCAUGGUGAAUGUGCCAGCGAAACAGAUCUUCGUGAGGAUCAGUCGUCACUCUUUCAAUACUUGCGAUGCCAAUGUUACCCGCAAUACGAAGGUUUAGACUGUGAGAACGAUUUUGACGGCUGCGCGGUAAGCCCAUGCUCUCUCGGGAGGACUUGUGAGGACAUCCCUGCAGGAAGUCACAACUCCACGGGUCCAGCUUACACAUGUAGUCCGUGCCCCGACGGCUAUUUGGACAAUGGUUCUGAAUGCAUAGACAUCAACGAGUGUGAACUGGUAAAUGGUUGUGAACAAAUAUGCAUAAAUACUGAUGGUAGCUACAUAUGUGAUUGCGACAAAGGUUUCAGGAUUAGUUAUGAUUUACAAAAGUGUUUAGAUAUCAAUGAAUGCGAUGAAUCGUUACACAAUUGCAGUCAUUUAUGUGAAAAUAUACGCGGAGGUUUUAAAUGCGUCUGUCAUUCUGGAUACAUGUUUGAAGUUUCCAGUUGGGGCUGUAUUGCAGACAGCGCCGUUACACUUUCGUGUACCGACAUAGAUUGCUCUCAGGCAGAAGGAUGCACAGUUAAUUCAGUCAACGAGUCUACGUGCUUUUGUCUCGACGGCUACGUAUUUGAUAGGGAUACAAACACUUGUGUUGAUAUAGAUGAGUGCACAAUUGGCGUUUGUCCGCAUGACUGUGUAAAUCACAAUGGCAGUUUCCAGUGUAAAUGCCAUCGUGGGUACAAACUCACAGAUGUCACCAAAUGCACCGAAUGUGAUGCACCGUUCUAUGGCGAUGAUUGUGGGAACAUGUGUGACUGCUCACCAAACGGAAUGGAUAGAUGUGAUCCAGGAAAAGGAUGCAUUUGCCGGGUUGGUUGGCAUGGACCCAAGUGCGAAGAUGACGUCAACGAAUGUGAAAACGUCAUCAGCUCGUGUGCUGAGCCGUAUACAGAGUGUGGGAAUACAAUUGGCUCAUUUAUUUGCAAAUGUAUUGAUGGUUAUGAGAAAUCAAGCGAUAGUCUUUGUGUUGAUACAGAUGAAUGUGCAGAUCCCUUGCAGAACAAUUGUAGUCACGUAUGUCUCAACACGGCUGGAGGGUACACAUGUGAGUGCGACGAAGGCUAUACGGAUGACGGCAUACAUUGUAAAGAUAUUGAUGAGUGUGAAUUGGGCACAUCUGGGUGUGAUCAGCUGUGUGAGAAUCACCAGGGUGCGUUUAACUGCUACUGUUAUUUUGGGUACCGUUUGAAUGACGAUCGCCAAACUUGUAAAGAAGUUGAAAAUCCGUGUGAAUCAUUGAGCAAUCUAACGUGUAAUCACUACUGCGUGGUUAAAGACGCCUCGGCAGCGUGCCAGUGUUGGCCUGGCUUCAGUCUCCAGGAGGACAAACAAACAUGUGCAGAUAUAAAUGAAUGUGAAGAUGAUGACUUAAAUACAUGCAGCGACAAGACUUCCUGUAAGAACGUCCCUGGUUCGUUUCUGUGUGAUUGUCAAGUUGGCUCAAAAUUGGAAAAUGACGGAAGGACUUGCACCGCUUGUGACGAAUUCCAUUUUGGUAAAAACUGCUCUGAAUCGUGUCACUGCGUAAAUGGAGAAUGUGAUUCAAUAACAGGUUGUAAGUGUUUCCCGGGCUGGAGAGGUGUUGACUGCAUCAUUGAUCUCGACGAGUGUUCGAUGGCGAACAAUUGCACCGGAGAGACAGUUUGUUCAAACACAGCCGGAAGUUAUGCGUGUGCAUGUAAAUCUGGGUUCAAAUUGGAAGAGGACAUAUGUCAUGAUAUCAAUGAGUGUGCGGAUAACUCAUUGAAUACGUGUGACCAGAUCUGUAACAAUACCAACGGCAGCUAUGAUUGCGAAUGUUACGAAGGCUAUAUAUUUGAUGGAAGCAUGAGAAAAUGCAAAGACAUCGAUGAGUGCUACCAAGGACUAGUUUGUGAUCAUAACUGUCUAAAUACCAAUGGACACUUCAUUUGCUCAUGCCGACAAGGAUUUAAACUCGACUUGAAUGACCGGAAGUCGUGCAUAGCAAAACAACUUUGUGAAGACGAGGAUCACUGCCCAGAAAAUUCGACAUGUGUUAUAGAAAAUAAAAAUGCUUCGUGCGUAUGUAAUAAAGGUUUUCAGUCAUCUUCCAAUACGAAUGUUACGUGUUCUGAUAUCGAUGAAUGUUUAAUGGAGCCAUCGCUUUGUUCGCAACAAUGUCACAACGUAAAAGGGUCAUUUUAUUGUUUUUGUGAUACCGGAUACCGUCUUCAGCAGGACGCACGGACAUGCACUGCGUGUGAGGAAGGCUAUUACGGGGAAAAUUGUAACACGAAGUGCCAAUGUGUUUCUGAGAACACAGAUACGUGCGAUGGAACGACGGGAGAAUGCCGCUGUCUCCAGGAAUGGGAUGGGGACGCGUGUGAUAUGGACGUGAAUGAAUGCAAUACGUCAUUGAACAUUUGUCCACUCCGCUCGCAGUGUAAAAACUUACAAGGCGGUUUUCUGUGCGAGUGUGACAUCGGCUUUGAAAUGACGGCUGACCGUCAGUGUAAAGAAUGCGACGUCAACUAUUUUGGAAAGAAUUGUGCUUCGUUAUGUGGAUGCAGAGAAGAUGAUACACAAUUGUCUUGCGAUAAUAUUGGCGGACAGUGUCUGUGCAAACCGGGAUAUGGAUUAUCAUUGGAAGGGAAUAUACGAUGUUCAAUGUGCACGUACAAUACUUACGGCGUCAACUGCUCGGAGACAUGUCCAUGCAACUUAACGAACUCACAGCAAAUGCAGCAGUCCUGUGACCCAGUGGUUGGGACGUGCAUGUGUAACAAGAUGUGGGAGGGGAGCACGUGUAACCAGGACCUGGAUGAAUGCAGCACGCCCAACAUAUGUGGCACAUCGGAUGACAAAGGAUGUCACAAUAUAAAAGGUGGAUACGUUUGUGAUUGCAGACGAGGUUACCACAUGGUCAACAAUAGUUGCGUCAAAGACACACAAAAUCAUACAAGUCAAGUUAUUCCAAAAAGUUCAGAAAGAGUGUUCCUCUUCACUCACGAGAUUAUAAUCUACGUCGCUCUUCCGACUUCUGAAGACCUUGAGGUCAUAGCAACGUACAACGAAGUCGAACAGAAUGUCAAAGAUUCGUUAUAUACAUUUCAUAGCGAGUUUACAGACGCAAACAUUACCAUUUUCAUUCACGAUAUAAGACGAGGUAGUUUGUUAGUGAACUACACCGUUGCUCUGGAGACGCGGGAGGAAAAUGGAGAUCAAGCACGCGCUGAUCUUGUUGCCGCAUUCGUGGCACUAGGAAAUAAUGCUACCAUAGUUUAUGACGGACAGAACGUAUCCACGUUCUCAGACUAUGCUAGUGACAUAUGUGAAGUGUAUGAAAACGCAUUCGGUAAAUGCGAAGCCGACCUCGAAUGUGUUGUGGAAAAUGGCUUACCAGAGUGUAGACAGACAGAGAGAGGUGUUCCAUGGAACCUUGUGAUCGGUGCAGCUGUAGGAGGAGCAGCAUUUCUGAUAUUGCUGAUCAUCUUUGUUGCCUGUAUUAUAAAAAUAAGGACAAGUGUUCAAAGAAAAAAGAUGAGAAAAGGAUAUGACACACCUGAACCGCACGGUCCCGGAUUUGCACACAAUUUCUCAAAUUCCAAAAUUUGGAACAAAACUACACAGAAAGAUGCAGCAACAACAGAAGCAGCAGAAACAACAGCAACAGAAAUAACAGAAGCUGCAGAAACAACAGCAGCAGCAGAAUCAGCAAAAACAACAACAUUGUAAUAAUGAAAACGGUCAUUUAGGAAAUGAGAGUGUCGUCGAAAGGCUGUCAAUAGUAGCAUAAACCAAAUCGCUAUUAUAUUUCACAGAUUCUUGGCUGCAUGAUUCAGAAGGAGGCUUAUGUUUUGAUGUCCCAGCAUAUCGAGAUAAUCUACUUAUCACAUGUUAUGACACAAACUAACACAGUCGGACUCAUUUAUUUAAGUGUAGUAUCUCUUUCCUAAACACAGCUUUUUUAAAUAUAUAUUUCUAUUACGACACUUACUUGUACAUCUAAUGCUCUAGGAAUUCACUUAAGGCCAUGCUCAAGUAUAACAUUGUCCCUAUUGAUAUGACGUUUAAUAUAUUUAACGCAUUUGUUUGGCCUAUUUUGAACUAUAAUUCGGAAAUACGGGGCUAUAAUCAGACUGAGGUGAUAGAAAAAGUUCAUAGGAAAUUUUGCAAGUGGGUUUUAAACCCAAACGCUCUUUAAAUUCCCUGUCACCUUUGGAGAGCUAGGAAGAUUUCCACGAUAUCUCGAGCGACACAUUCGUAUUAUUUAGUAUUUUUUCAAGUCAACUUAUAUUGUUUUACUGGAAAAUUUUAAAUAUAGAAAUAUUUUAGCUAAACUCAGGUUUUCUCUCAAAAUUUUAAUAUUGAACUUGGGAGACAUAAUGAUAUUCAUAGACAAGAUAGGAAAAUUACAUUGUGUAAUUUAACGAUACUGAAGAUUUUCAUUUUGUUUUAGUUUGUUCAUUGUAUAAUGAUUUAUUGCAGAAUUAUGUUCCUAAAUAUAAUGUCAGAAUGGCGAGUACGAUACAAUUUAUACCAUUAACUAUAUGAAAAACUACAGAAACAUGUUCAGAAGCAAAAAGUUUAAACAUAAACCCCGUUUAAUGGCACAGGGUAAACGCCAAAGACAUAGAACACAAAAACAAAAAAUCACAAACAAGAAACAUGGAUCAACAUUACAAAACUCCACAAACAACACAGUGCAUAUAAACUAUUUAAGAAAACAAGGUAUGUUUAUCAAGGAUGGUUAGAUACCGCCUUGGAACGGUCAGUAAAAUUACUUAUUUUUGAUAAUAUACCUCUGUUAAUAAGAUAAGCUAUUUUCUGAACCAAAGCUUUCAAAAUAAGUUACUUGAAUACAUAAAAUCACCCCUAAAGACAUCCUCACAUAGAGAACUGUUAAAUUAGCUUUAGUUUUUCACGAUAUUAUAUAACUUGCGUGUAAAUAAUAUAGAAAUUAUUCAUUUUAUUAUUUCAUGCAUGCAAUAUAAAAUACUUAUAUUUGUGUUGGUGUUAUAACGAUGAGAUAUAAAGGCUUUAGUUAAAUAAACAUUCUGUUCUAUUUU